CUUUAGGGUUGUGUUGUUGUCAUGGCGCCGUUUCAAACUGUUGAGAAGCUAAAUUUAAAAUUUAAGAGAUUAACGAGGUCCUGUAUUUUAAUUAUGCUUCAAUUAGCCACUCGGUGCGUAUAGCUGACUUAUAAUUCAUAUACAGAAAGUGGAAGAACUGAUUAUUAACGACGGCGAAGUGCCUGAAUUUAGUUUCUGGAUUGGAUUAACUUUAUGUUAGCAAAAUUAGCUCCCAUUAGCAUAACAUUUAGUAUUGUUUACUACAGUGACAACUGUUUUUCGCUGUAAUGACUGCACAAUCCCUGCAAAGUGGUCCCGGGAUUUUCUCAGGAAAGCAGAGCGAAGAGAGAGACUGGGUUGCUUUAGGAUCAACCAGAAAUGUUCACAGCCGCAGCGGUUUAACGGCUGGGAUCUCCCACACCAAGCUGCUGUUCAAUGACGCUGUCCCUGCAAGUACUAGAAACCGUGCCACACAUGUCGGCCUGCCUGCCCCCAUUGUGAUAGAGCGACUGCUGCCUGUAUCAGAAGUUAAGGAAAAUGUGGAUAGCACCAGAAGCUCUUUCAGCUUCACCACACUCUCUGAGGAGAGGCUUCAGGCAGCUGUUAAGCAGGCCAAGCGAGAUCUAAGACGAAGGCGCCUUGAAUCGCUGACAAAAUUAUCGGCCAAACCUUCUCAGGAGGCCUCACUCUUUGAAACAAGUGAUGUAGAACUCCGUCAGGAGUUUGCAGCAAGUCCAAGUAAGAUGAUGUCAAAAGCAUCCAGUCCAAAAGAGAAGGUGACUGUAGCUGGAGCCAAACGACACACAUCCCAGAAACAUCCUAUUUCAUCCAUGCCUCGAAUGAGCCGCUCACCCCCAACCAGAGACCCUGGCCUUAGGCAGGUAGAAGGAGACAAAGAGGCACCUUUAAGCCACGAGAUCCACAGGCUGCAAAAUGAACUGGAACUGUAUAUUCAGAAAGUGGAAGAGCUGGCUAACAGAGGGGAGAAAAUACAGGAGUCAUUAGAACCUGAAGAGGAAAACAAGUUGGAGAUACGCAGACAGAAACAGGCAGCUCGUUCAGCUCGUAUUAUUUAUGUUCUGCAGCAACAGGUAAAAGAGAUACAAGAGGAUAUAGAAAAACUACGAAGCCAGAAAAUGUGGGAUGCUAAAAAGUCCAUGGCGAUAAACAGGCUUGCAGCUGCACAUCGUGGGGCACUGAGGGCUUUACAGGUUUUUAUCCAUCAACUCUCUGAUCUGUCUCACAGCAAAGUGCCUCCUUAUUCCAAAGAACUGGGGCAGCUGAUUCGCCAGCUCUCUUUGUGCUCAGCUAAAGUUGAAGUGGACCAGGGCUCAGCUGUGCCUGAGACUGCCCUUGACAUCCUGCAGAAACUAGAGACUUUGGAUUCUGCUCUCAGUAAACAAGAGAUGCUCAUAAAGAUGCAGGCUCAAGCAUGCCUUCCGCAAAGGAAAUCUCCUCAUCGCAGCAAGUCUCCUACGACUGCACCCAGGCGUCCCAAACUGCAAGGAAUUGCUCGAGGUCCUUGCAAAGCAAAAAAUCCCAGAAGAGGCCUCCAUGCAGAUAAGAGAAUGGCCUCCCAGAAACCCAAAACUACUCAACAGCCCCUCAAUCGAAGAGAGGUGCUGCGGUCUGGCCUGGAGAGCCUCGUCCAGCAGAGGGAGCUGCAGAGACGAUCCCAUACCAAUACUAACAGCAGAAAAGAGCUGCCCUCUCAGAGAAAAACGGCUGAAACAAUAAAGCAUAAUCAGAUGCAAGAUACAGGCUUCCAGCAGCCUACAGUCUCCUCUCGGCUCAGAGUGAGCCAGCUCCCUCAAAAAGAGCACUCUGUGCCCUGGAUACCUACAUCUCCUCACUCUCCUCCUCCACAACGCAGAUCCCCACAAAGGGGAAGACCAGAGCCUCGUUGUCUCUUUUCUCCAGUGAAAUCCUCACCAGACCCUCCAAAGCAGAGGCCUGGAGGUAGUUUGGCAACUGAGCCAGGCCUAAGCUCACAAAGGAAGAAAGAAGCUCAGAAUGAAGCAUUAAGGAAAGCUUGGCUAGAUAAGAUGACUGCGCAGAGACUGCAAGAGCUGAACCAGCUGAGUAAAGAAGAGGCUGAACGCAUUCAGAGAUUAAGGUCUGAAGUUGUCUCGCCAACUCAGUGGGCUGAGAGAGCUGAGCAGAAGGCCAGAGAGAGAAUUCAGCCCCUUCUGGAUGAAGCCCAGCAAAUUGGUGAGUCCAGGAACAACAGAAUGAACUCUCCACUGAGGAGUCGAGUGCCUGAACAGGCCGCAGAGAGGGCAGAAGAAAGUGCUGAGCAGCUGAGUGAAGAGCUGCUGGACGAUUUGUUAGAGGACACCGCCCGGGUGGCGUGGACAGUUAGGACAGACAGACAGCUGCAGGGCAUGGCCCAGGACAUGCUGCAGGCCCCAACCCUGGAGAGUAUGCUGCUUCGUAUGGAGGAGAUACAGCGGGAUCAGGAAGAAGUGAGGAGACGGUUUGCUUCUAUCACCUAUUCAGACCCUCUUUACUUGAAACAACCAGGACCAGCAGGAUCCCAGUCCCAUGCCCCCAGCUCCAGGCCAGCCUCUCCUCAGCCAAUUAGGCUCACAAAUCCAGUGCUGAAGCAGACCUCUGCAGCGGAUAUUGUCCUUGAGAAACCUGUCAUGACUGGCUUCAUGUGUGAGAACAGCCUGACAGAGGAGGCAUCCCAAGAUGAGCAGCAUCCUGCAAACAACACCAUGUUCCCUGGCCCUCUGGAGGGAAGCAAGGCGCCUGUUAUCUCAGUGCCAGGCAGCAUGCUGAGAGGCAUUCGGCAGUACCGGGAAGACUAUGAGGCUUACCUGCGCGCUGUGGCUCAUGAGGUUGUGGGCAGCUUCGACCCCUGGGCCGUUGCAGACGGCUUGGCUGACGAGUUGCUGUCGGAGGCUCUGGCUGACGUGGCAGCAGAGUUUCAGGAUGUCGUGGAGGAGUAUGCUGAGGCCGUCUUCACCUCUGAGUUCCUGCAGCCGCUCCGGUCACCACCCGCUUCAGUUGCAGCGUUUUCCGGACAAUAGGAUGCUGCAGCAUGAUGGAUGCAGCAUUAUCUUUAAAACCUUUGAUAUUAUGUUUGCUGUGGAUGGAAAUUUUUACCUUGUCAAA